UCACAAAUAAAAUGAAUAAUAUUUCAAAAUUUUUUAAAUAAGAUAAAUGGUUAAACAGUGUAAGUAAAAUGUUAAAAUCUCUUAUAUUAGAUAAUGGAGGGAGUAUCUUUUCUGCUGAAUCCCCGACUGAGCCUACUCGACCCGAGGUCUUGGUCUCUGCCUGCUCAGUUCUAGCCCUCCAUGUGAGCUCUAGUCAAAUCGUGACCAAGUGAUUUGCAAGAACCAUCUGAGCGAGCAACUCCCGCGAUUUCAGCCCAGCGCCAUGGAUCGAUUUUCUUCUCUGGCUCUGUCGCCUUGAACCCCAAACCGCCAAACCGAGACGACGCGACGCAGCUGCAAAUUCCACGAGAGAUCCCCAAAAUCAGCAGCGAAACUCCCUGCAGCCGCGAGUGCCAAACCGCCCGGGGGCUGAGCUGAGCUGAGCUGAACCUCAGCUUAGCCAUGGGGCGGUUCUCCAAUGGCGUCCUGGGCGCCCUGAGCUUCGCCGCCCUCCUCGCCUCCGUGCCGCUCAUCGGCGCGGGCGCCUACCUCCUCGACCACCCGGCCAGCGAGUGCCAGCGCCUUGUGCGGGUGCCCGCCGUGGCGCUCGGCAGCGCGGCGCUCCUCCUCUCCCUCAUGGCGAUCGCCGGAGUUACCUGCUGCCGCGGCGCGGCGCUCCUCUGGGCCUACGCGUCCGCCAUGUUCCUGCUCAUCGUCGGCAUGUUCUUCGUCACCGCCUUCGUGUUCGUCGUCACCAACAGGGGCGUCGCCACCGCCGUGUCCGGCACCGGCUACGGGGACUACCGGGUCAGGGACUACUCGGAGUGGCUGCGUGCCAGGAUCGAGGAUUACGAGACGUGGCACCGGAUCGAGAGCUGCAUGGCCGACGCGGCCGUGUGCGGCGGCCCUCUCGCCGGGAUCAACCCCGGCGAGUUCUACCGUCUGCAUCUGCCGCUAAUCCAGUCCGGCUGCUGCAAGCCGCCAGUGUACUGCGGGUACGAGCGCGUGAACGAGACGUUCUGGAUAGCGCCGGCGCGGGGCCUGGACGCGGCGGACGUCGACUGCCUGGAGUGGAGCAACGACCAGGCCGUGCUGUGCUUCCGCUGCAACGCCUGCAAGGCCAGUGCGCUGGACACCGUCAGGCGAAACUGGAGGGCCGUGGCCGUGCUCAACGUCGCCGUCCUCGCCAUCCUCAUGCUCGCCUACUCCCUCGCCUGCUGCUCCGUGCGGGAUCGCAGCCGGUACUACUGAUCGAUCACCCGGCCGUCGGCUAGCUUGGGUUUCUGCUGUGCUGUCUAGUUCCUUUCCUUGUCUCUAGAUCAGAAGUUUUGUAAAUUUUGUUCUGCAAAUGAAUCGGGUCAUGUCUUUCUGACCAUGUUUGGUGGAUUUGUUCUGAUCGAAUUAAUGUGAUCAGCAGUUGUGACCGGAUAUUUUUCAA